CGGUCGUUUUGUGGUUUGACGGGUUUUAUACCUUCUAGUUUCGCCACGCCCACUUAUUUUGAUGGAAUUCUGACCGGCACAUUUUGAAUAAAUUUCUUCUGCAGAUAAUUUUAGAGAUUGUGGAGAAACGAUUUCUGCCAUAUCGAAAUGGCAGUUCUUGGUGCACAGCUUGUGUUCAGUCUGAUAGUGUUCAGUUUCCUCCAGAAACUGUCAUGUUUUUAUUCAUUUGGAAGAUGGCUAAUUGCAGGCAGACUGGUUCGCUACUUACACCCCUCUGAUGAUGAAUUACGGAAAGCAGCAGGGUUACAGUCUAAUGGUCAUGUUAAAGGAAAGGGCAAACGGUAUGACAAUCGCAAGGGUGGCAACAAUAAAGAAGUUAAAGAGGAAACAUUCACGGUACCUCGUAGCACACCUAUCUCCUUGGAUACGACUAAAGUGGAAGCAAUUGAUUUAAUACACUUACAUUAUUAUGAAGAAUAUCUAUGGAUAGUUGAUUUUGCUAUCAGUGCUCUGGUAGUAUACAUACUGACUGAAAUUUAUUAUGUGUUUGGUAAUGCAAAUGAAAUGAAUAUCAGUAUAAUUUGGUGCUUGUUGGCAAUCGGUUUUUGUGCACGAAUUUUAAUAAGCCAAACUGUAGCAUACUUUAAGGCAGAGGAUGGCGGAGAACGCAUUCUUAUUGUUACCUUUGGGUUCUUUUGUUUAGUUUUAGCAAUGGCGGUACUUGUGGUUGAUGAAAAUGUUCUAGAAUUCGGACUUGAAGCCGGAUACAAGAAUUUUUCUGAUGGUGCAACACUGCUUUUACAGAAAGAAGGGGUAGAGUCAGCAGGCCCUGUUCACUUUAUAACAUUUAAAAUUAUAUUGGCAUUCGUGUGUGCAAUAAUUGGUGGAUUGAUGACAUUCCCAGGUCUCCGGAUGUCAAAAUUGCAUCUUGACACACUGAAAUACAGCAAAGAGAACCCUGCAAAACAAGUUCUCCUACAUUUCAAUUUCAUUUUGCCAUACAUUCUUCUGUUCCUAUGGGUGAAGCCAAUUGGUCGGGAUAUUCUCUGUGGAUUAAACUGGCGUAUAACAACAAAAGUGUUUAACGAGUCAGUUUUUGAUAAUUUUAGAAUAGUCGUUUUUGCUGUCCUAUGUGUUUUAAGACUCAUUCUUCUUCCUACACAUGUGCAGUCUCAUCUGAACUCUGCCUACGAGAAGGUUGAAGGUAUUCGCAAAGAAAGUGGUAGGAUAAGUAACGUUGAAAUAAAGAAGAUGGUGGCUCGAGUGUUUUACUUUGUGAGUGUCGUAAUCAUCCAGUACAUCGUUCCAGUCAUUAUUCUGCUGUUCAUGGCAUUCUUGUAUAAAACUUUAGGAGGAUAUUCAUGGUCGGGAACUUUUGGGGAAAGUGUCGAAAACUACGUUAAUUCAUUUAGAAAAGAAUCGUCACAUAGCAGCAACGUUACAAUGUCUGCGAAUAAAACUAGAACGAUUCUUGACGAGGCAGAAAAUUUGUCAGUGGCAUUCUCAGACUUACGGGCUGUUUUUACCCCUUUGUUUUACCGUGGAAUUUUGUCAUUUUUAACAUGGUGGACAUGUGCAGCAUGGACGAUGGCUAUGACCUUUGGAUUAUAUUAUCAUACAAGAGCAGAGGCUUGAAUUUCAGAAUAUCCUAAAGGUGUUGUAAUGAAGCCAAAGGUGAUGAAUAUGAAGUAAAAGGCCAGUCAUUAAUAUGGGCAUGAUCUGAUUCCAUGAUUAUUUUCAAAAAAUAUUUUUGGCUUAAAUAUUUGCGUAACAGUGGCCUUGACAUUGAUCUGACUAUUGAUAGUUUUCCAGAAUAGCCAAUCAGAAUUAAUGUUUAACAUUAACGAUGUAUUUAGGACAUGGUUUCAGACGCAAAAUCUCAAAAUUGUAAAUUCAUGUACAUUAUCUCAAGCUUGAUUUUAUUUAUGAUAUUUUUUGUGUAGAGAUUCCCAUUUUUAUUGAUGUUUUAUGAAAAAAAACCUAUAAUGUGCAAGAAAUUACAAUGGGUAUUAAAAGGGAAAUUUGUUUACAAGUCUGGCUGUCAUGAAUAUGAAGAAAAAUCUUUUUUUUUCGUUUAGAGAGUGUCACAAAAUUUAUGAACAUUUUGUGGAGAUUUAAUGUAAUUAGAUAUUUUGCUACUUAAAACUAUAAUUUGAUGUAUUAGUUCUUUUUUCAAAGAAUACUUAAGCUAUCCUGUAGUGUACCUGGACAUUGCAUAAUUAUCAUCUUAUAAAGGUUUUGCGAGGAACUUGCAUCUCAUAUAUCACUCAGUGAAGGCAUUUUCAACGAUUUUUUUUAAACCGGGUAAAUAACAUUUAAAUAACUUUGUCAAUGCUAAAUGCAUGCAAGGCUUUUCUGAAGAUCUUCAAUUUACAAUUUUCAGCUUAUAGUAAUGAUAUCUACUUAUAUUAAACAACGUUGACAAAGACAUUAUGUAGUGUUAUUGGUCUUGGAUACCAUUGCCGUCCAUCAUGUUAUAGUCAUGUUGUCUACUUAAAUUUUAUGUAUAUGAAAGAUGAAUUUAUCACCUUAAAAUGUGUUCUUGUAUUUUGCUGCAAUGUAGAAUUUUGUUCAGUUAACAACAAGAAACUGUAAACAUGCAUUGCUUGUAUUUUUGUUGAAAUUGAAUAUUUGUGACCCUGUGAUGUUAUUUUUUUUGUCCUUUGAACAUUUUCUCUGUUUUUAUGUGACUUUAUAUUUUGUGUCAACAUUACCUCUGUUUUUUGAUGUGCUUGUAUAUUUAUAUAUAAUUAUCAUUUCAUAUGGUACUUUCGUAUUCAGAAAUUAGCAUUUAAAGAGCUACUUACGGUUUUAUGGGAUAAUACUGAAGAAUCUUUUUCAUGAGAAUUUGCAUUGUGUCAGGAAUGAAGUUAUUAUUUAAGUUGUCAAUAAGCAUAAUAUAUCCAUUUAAUGCAUUAAACAUAUCAGGACUCCUAAAUCACAUUCAAUUGACAUGUUGCAAAAGAAGUUGCAUCAUUGUCAUGAUAAAGUUUCUGAAACUUUCAUUGAUAGUUAUCUGCCCUUCUCUGUUAUAUAAUGCUAUUCAUUUUGUAAAUAAAUGCAUCAGUAAUGAAACUUAGAGAUGGUAGUAGCUUUAAAGCAGUGUGCCACCAGAAACCUGAUUAAUCAAUCAUAGAUAAAACAGGUAUAGAGUUAAAGAAAUGAUUAGCCAGACAUAUUUACAGCUGUAUGCCUCCAGAUAACCAAAAAUAAUUCACAAAAAACAACUUUGAGAAAAAUAUACUAAAAUUUUAAGAAAAGUAAAAAUAUUCCCAAUUUGUGUAAAGAUUUACGUGUUAUUUGCAGUAAAUGACUGAUUUUGCAGUAUUUAUCACCAUAGUUCUACUGAAGACUUAUGCAGCUACUGCACGACUUAAAUGCAGUGAGGGCUAAUUUUGCAUAGUUUGAUCUUUAUUUGAUAAUUAAAUUUAUAUGAUUUAAUGUACAUGUACAGUUAUAUCACCAUAAUUCUACAAUGUUAUUUUUUAGAUUGAGGGCCAUCAGAUAAGUAAAUUUUAAUGGGGCGUCUGUAGCCGAGUUGUUAAGGUAACUGACUUCGAACCACUUGCCCCAGACCACUGUUGGUUCGAAUCCAAACAGGGACUUUGGAUUGUUUCAUGUGGGGAAGCUAUCCAGCUUACUUGCAGAACGUCGGUGUAAUAUUGUCAAAGGGCAGCUUUUCUUUUGUUUGUAUUUUGUGAGACUAGCAUGUUGUGUUUGUUUUUAGAUUUACAUUUAAAUGCAUGAUUUAAUCAGUGAAACUGAUGUAGAUUUAAAUUAGUCAAGGGGAUUGUAUGCUAUAAUAAAUGUUUUUGUUUAUUGUUUACCAAUAGUUUGUACUUGGAAUGUUUAUAAACAUGAUUUUAAUGAAAUAAAGAAAACUAAAUUGGAAGGCUA